AUGCAGCAGCAGCAGCAGCAGCAGCAGCAACAGCAGCAGCGUAUGGUAGCACAGCACCGACACCGCUCGGUGCCCGUGCUGCCAAGCAGCAGCUACUCUUUUGACAGCAAUCCCAUCAUCAACAACGACAUCACUCUCGACACGACGCCAACGGCGAUAGCCUCGCCUUCACCCCUCUCCCCCUCCCCCUCCUCCACCCCCCUCUCGCCGCCUCUCUCUCCGCCACCCACCUCACCCACCUCGCCAGACCGGCACACAAUCUACCAGCCGCUCGCUGCGGCGGCCGCCUUUGACUUCCGGCCACUCGUCAUCCGCAAGAAGUCCAAGGCGUCGCUGCGUGGCCCUCCAACGCCAAUAUCCGUGGCCUCGCCAUCUCCUCCUCCUCCAUCCGACGAGAUUGCAGAGACCACCACCGACCCCCUCAAGCCUUUAUUUACCGCGUCGUCGGGGGUGCGCACACACCACUCGACGUCGUCCUUCUCUGCCGACCACGUCCGCGCGUUCCCCCACCUCCACUCGACGACUGCCGCCCAGCCGCUCGACGAGGCGCUGGCCGCCGGAGCGCAUGUGCGCGCCGCGCGCGUCCAGCGCCAGGUGUACAAGCGCGCCUCGGCCAGCGACCCCGCUCUUAGCUCGAGCUCGUCAGAGGUCUUCAGCCCGCAGUCGUCGACAUCAUCGACGCGCGGCCUCCGCCCGCUGAGCCUAGCGAACCGUGCUUCGAUCUCAUCCUCCAGCUCGCGGCUGUCUCGGUCUCUCCCUGGAGGCAAUGGGCGCCCAUCGUCACUUAAUGAACUAGACCAUCUGCGUGAUUUGGACAGGAGCCCACCGCCGAUCGACGACAGGAGGCACUCUGUGUCGGCGAGAAUGUCGCGGCUGAGCUUCAGCCACCAGCGCGGCGAGUCUCUGUACCGCGCCGAAUCGGUCUACAUCAAGGAGAGUGGUGCGUCGACGGCCCGGCACUCUGCCGACCCCUUGCCGCUCGACGAAGGCGGUACACUCGACGCGUCCCAGCGUCACACCGCCAUCGACGUCACCCUCUCCCGGCUGCUUGGGCAGUCGGUGCGGCGCUCGUCAACAGAGCUGACGCAAAACUACCUGUCCUACUGUGAAAGGAACGGAAUGGACCCUCGUGGGACCACGCGCCAGUGGCGCCAUGUAUCGACUGCUUCGAGCGAAGGAACAGGGACGCACAAGACGACCUCGAUAAUGGAGACGCCGACGCCCGAGGAGCCUGCUAUGUCGCCAACACCGCCCAGACCAAAACAGCGGUACAGACAAUACAACGGCCGCCCGCCGCCCCGUGCCAUCGACGCAUGCGAUGAAGACGCCGAGGCCGAGCCGGUCGAAAGUGCGAGCACAAAGAGCUCGGGUUUUGGCAAUGGGGAGAGGCAGGAGCUCGGUCUUCGUCCGAGCUCGAGUUUGACGACCUCGAGGGCCUUGUCCGACGCCGCCCGCCACGGGCGGCUGGCGACGAGGCAGCCGCGGAUGGGCAGCAGCAAGGCUCAUCAUCGCUCCUCCUCCCUCUCCCCGCAGACGUGGACCCACUCGACCACUUACUUCCAGAACCACAAUCCGCCGAUGGAGCCCAGUCUGGUUGGCUCUCCUACCUCGGCAACCUUGUAUGCCCCGUCCCCGAUGAUGGAUAGUGACUACGACGCCGGCGUCCCGUACACUGUCUCCAUUGCCGCGCGGCAGAUUACGGGGUCCAACAAGGCCAUGCCGGCGCGGCUGGCCUUCUUCCUCGCAUCAGUCUUCCCCAACCUGGUGACUACGCAAGAGCCGUGGCCGCCUCCGCGACCUCGUCCCGCCUCGCUCCCAUCCAAGCUGGAAUCUCCAUCCUGGGAUCUCCCGUGGAACGACUGGCGCGGUAUCCGCAGAGCCGGCCAGCAGCAGGCUGCACAAGUCCCACCUGUCACCGUCACGAGCCCCACGCUCCCACCGCACUUCCCCACGGACACACCCAACAUUUCGAACAUUGCCGCGCGCCUCGGCGCCGCUGGCCCCAAUACCCUGCGCGUACCGCAGCAGCCGCGCCGCCAACGCAGCCGGAGCUCGAUCGCGCUCAACACGCCGCAUGCUACCACACACGCGAAACCCGCCCUAUACUCCACACGGUAUACCCCACUGGCUGUUGCCCAGCUCACGUGCUUGCUCUAUAUUGCCACAAGCUAUACCUUUUACCAGCUCAAAGAGCUGUCCAGAGGCGCGAGCGGCGCCCGCCGCUAUCCGCAGCCCAGCGCUUAA